AUGGAACGCCUGGGUAUCGUCCGCCGUUCUGACAGUCCUUGGGCCUCUCCUCUGCACGUCGUUCCCAAGCCGAACGGCGGUUGGCGCCCGUGUGGGGAUUGCCGCCGCCUCAACGACGCCACGACACCUGACCCGACCCGGUGCCGCACAUUCAAGGCUUUUCAGCACAUCUGGCCGGUACGUUGGUGUUUUCGAAAAUGGACCUGGUUUCUGCUUUGGUUGUACUCUUUUGUGAAGUUCUUGAUAACCCUAUCUUUAAACCUCCGUUUGACACUUUGUGGAAACAUCAUUAACAGUUUGUAUUGUAACAACCACCUUGUUGUGAAGUUGGCAUGUUCUGACACUCAGGUGAACAACAUUUAUGGACUUUUUUCAGUUUCUCUCUCAAUCUUAGUCACGGUGCUUCCAAUCCUCUUCUCGUACAUGAGGAUCCUCAGAGUGUGUUUCUCUGGCUCCAAACAGACCAGACAGAAAGCUCUCAGUACCUGCACACCUCACCUUGUUUCCCUCCUCAACUUCUCUUUUGGCUGCAGCUUUGAAAUACUUCAGAGUAGAUUUGAUAUGAGCGGUGUUCCCAGUGUGCUGCGUAUUAUUCUGUCACUGUAUUUUCUCAUCAUACAGCCACUAAUGAACCCUGUCAUGUACGGACUGCAAAUGUCCAAACUAAGAAACAUAUGUAAACAUGUGCUCUGUUAUAAACUGUUGGCCGGUGGCAGAAAAAGAUGA